AUGCAUCUAUCAGAAAGCCAAGCUAUUGGGCCCGUGACUACGGAGAAACCCCCCUCUCCUGCCCCGUCCAUCGAAAAGCCGGGAAUUGAAGUUGAAGCAAUUUCAAUCGAUGCCAAGACCGAAGCAUCAACAUUCGGUGCAUCCGCAGCGGGAUCGUUCUACACCACCCCCCGACCCAAGGACCCAUACAGCUAUCAAACAGGUUUUGGUAAUAGAUUCUCUUCGGAAGCAAUACCGGGAGCAUUACCGCCGGGAGGACAAAAUGUGCCCCAAAAAUGCCCAUUUGAUCUCUACUCCGAACAAGUAUACAACCAUCUCAAGCUUGUAGAAUAUUCUCAGCUAAUGUGUGUUACAGCUAAAUGGGACGUCUUUUAUUUCGUCUCGCCAGACUCUGCAAAAUGUGUAAGAUAUUCCUCCAGAGUAGAUGGCAAUUCUAAACCAAAAUGUAGUUGGAUGUACCGAAUCCGACCAACAGUUGCCCACUAUCCUCUUGAACCCAUGGAAGCCACCCCAGAUUUGGAAGCAUGCUUCUCGCCACAGAACCCUAAUGUUCAAUACACUUCCUUAGCGUACUGUUGGGGGCCACUUCCUAUGCCAAGCGAGGUCGAGAGAGUCUCAUUCAUCGAGGGAAUUAAGACAAUGGGAGGCCAUGGAGACCCAACUACUAAAGAGGGCCUUGCAGUUCACAUGUAUGCUGCAAAUGCCUCCAUGUCCAAGACCGCCUUUGUAAACAAUGACGGUGAUUUCCUUAUCAUUCCUCAGAUUGGGCGUCUGGACAUUCAAACUGAACUUGGAAGAAUGGUUGUGGGCGUUGGUGAAGUCUGCGUUAUCCAAGCUGGAAUGAGGUUUAGUGUUUCUUUGCCAGACGGUCCUGUCCACGGUUAUAUCCACGAGGUAUUUGGUAGCCACUUUGAAUUACCAGAACUUGGUCCCAUCGGGUCCAACGGUAUGGCGCACCAGAGAGACUUUGAAAUUCCGUCCGCGAGUUUUGACAUCGAUAGCUCAAAGUGGCGCAUCGUUCAUAAGCUCACUGGAAAGCUUUCCUCUUACACCCAGAAUCAUACGCCAUUUGACGUCGUUGCGUGGCACGGAAACUACGCACCGUACAAGUACGAUCUCUCUAAAUUUGUCUCCAUUGCGUGCGGUAUGAAAGAACAGCUCGAUCCCACCGUCUACACUGUAUUGACGGCACGUUCAAAAAUCCCCGGCGUAUCUCUGUCCGAAUUUGCAGUCUUUACACCGAAAUGGUUAAAUACGCAGAAUACAUUCAGACCCCCAUAUUAUCAUCGGAACAUGGCUACGGAAAUCGGGGGCAUGAUAUACGGCAAGUAUGCUGGGAGCGUAAAGGAGAUGGGACCCGGAGGCCUGGCGUGCGAAAAUAGUUAUAUGGCACAUGGCGAGUCAUACGAAGCCUUCAAGAAUGCUACAACGGCCACUCUUGAGCCGGUCCUGGCUGGUGAAGGGUCCUUGGGAUUCAUGUUACAUCUCAGCUCCCAUUUUUCCAUUACCAAAUUCGCAACAGAUAGACAUCCGGAUAUUAAAGGACAAAAGCCACUGUUCUGGGAUAAUGUUCAGGGCCAUUUUAUGGAUCAUCUGGAUGAGAUAAACGAGUUAUUGGUAGCUUUGGGCCGGCCUAAGUUAGGGGGAGGUGCUCCGGUGAUAUAA